UUCCUACUGUGACAUGUCAAAAUGAUUUGAAUAGACUUAAUGGGCAUCGUUAACCAGGACAGGUGCAACUUGACAAGUUGAUCUAGUGGCAUGAAUGGGGUAUGGAGUUUGUCUCCAACUACAUCCGCUGUACAAGUCUGCGACCCACCUGCGAGAGAGAAUUAUGGCAGGGAAGCUGACAUCAGCGCAAGGCACAGGAAUACUGCUGGUGACAGCCAACGUUGGAUCCCUGUUCGAGGAUCCUGAAAAUCUACAGAAAACAUGGCUGAGGGAGUUUUACCAGACAGUACAGUCGCAUAAGCCUCACUUCUUGGCAGUGCACUGUCAAGAGGUUGGCGGGAAGAAUUAUGAGGCGUCCAUGUCACACGUGGAUAGUUUUGUCAAAGAGCUGUUGUCCAGUGAUGCCAUGAAGGAGUACAGCAGAGUCCGCGUCUACCUCGAUGAGAACUACAAAUCCCAGGAGCAUUUCACAGCUCUGGGAAGUUUCUACUUUAUCCACGAGUCUUUGAAAAACAUCCACCAGUUUGAUUUCAAAGCCAAGAAAUUCAGGAAGGUUGUGGGGAAGGAAACAUACUCAGAGACACUAGAAAGCACACCCUCGCUGGAGAAGGAGAAGUUUCCACAGGACUACUUUCCUGAGUGCAAGUGGUCCAGAAAGGGAUUCAUCAGAACUCGAUGGGCCCUGGCUGACUGUGCCUUUGAUCUGGUCAACAUCCACCUUUUCCACGAUGCUUCCAACUUGGUGGCCUGGGAGAAAAGCCCCUCUGUCUACUCUGGGACCAGGCAGAAGGCGCUGGGCUACGUUUUAGACAGGAUCACAGACCAGCGGUAUGAGAAGCUACCAUAUUUUGUCUUCGGAGACUUUAACUUCAGGCUGGACUCGAAGCAGGUUAUUGAGAGUCUCUGCUCCACUGCCACCAUGCAGACUGUCAGAGCCGCAGACACCAAUGAAGUCGACAAGCUAAUAUUCCGAGAAAGUGAUAAUGACCGAAAGGUUGUUCUUCAACUUGAAAAGAAGCUUUUUAAUUAUGUCAACCAGGACGUUUUCCGGGAAAACAAUGGGACCUCACUUUUAGAGUAUGACAAAGAGCUGUCGGUGUUCAAGGAUCGGCUGCAUGAACUGGAGAUCUCUUUCCCACCCAGUUACCCGUACAGUGAAGACAGCAGUCAGGGGAAGCAGUACAUGAACACCAGAUGCCCCGCCUGGUGUGACCGAAUCCUCCUGUCUGCCUCUGCCAGAGACCUGGUCUUCAAGCCUGAAAAUGAAGAGAAGUCUAUAGUCUAUGAUAACAUCGGGCCCAAUGUCUGCAUGGGGGACCACAAGCCUGUCUUCCUGUCCUUCCGAAUAACAGCGGGGGCAGGGAAGUGUUGCCAAAGGGGGGAGAAGAUAUUCCGUGAAGCGCCUCUGUGAGAACACCAGAGAAACAAAUAGGACACCAACAUACACACACACACACACACACUCACACACACUCUUACGCACACACACACUCUUACGCACACAAAUACACACACACUUUGCACAAGUGUACACUGAAGAACCUAGACAAAGUUUUUCAGCUGUGCUGACCAGUUGCAGUUGUCCUGACACCUCAUCCAUACGAAAACCCAGCCGUUUUCUCUCCAUAAAACACUUGUUGAGAUGUGGACGAGCACCCGAGGGCCCGGCUCCAGACAAGACACACAUCGCUGACCUCACUGUUGCCAUGCAACCCCAUUCCCCAGAGAAGAAAAAAAAAAAAAAAAACGGACGGACGGACGACUCUUUUCCAUGCCACAGCCUCGUUGCCAAAACUCUAAUUGAAAUCAGUCUUACUACAUACUUUUAGACACCGUACUUGCCAUUUUUAGGUAUGCCUCUAUGUAUAGAAGCUACUUUCCACACAGUAUGUAAGGUGUUUUAAAAAAAGAGUGCAAUGCAAAAAAAAGUUGUAUAUCUAUAUUGUUAGGGUUAUUUGUACAUUGGACAGUAUAACAUAGAGUUGUUGAUGGUUUUAGUGCCGUUCUCUUUUCUGACCAAACUUUGUGGUCCCUUUGUUGGAAUAGAUCCAUAGAACUUUUCAGUUUAUUUCAACAAAUGAAUAUAUAUAUAUUUUUUUUUUUCCAUUUUAUUUGUUUUUUGAGUUGUCUUUGUUGUUGUGUGCACAACACACUGCCAUGCCUGACACAUCAGUUGAGUCUCAUUUUAUAUACUGUACUUUUUAAAGAGAUAAUUUAUAAUUCUUACCAAAAUGUUUAUGCCGAAGUGUGCGCAGACAGAGUGACUGUGUGGGUGUUCCUGCAGCCGCUGUGACCUUUGAGUGGUCUGUACAAGAGGAGAGAAACAGAAACUGUUCAGUGAUUUAUUGCCUAUCCAAGAAUGUUUUAAGCAGUGCCAUAGACCAUGCAAGUAUAUAAGAUAAUGUUUCAUAUAUAGCACUCUCACAUGAUUUCAUUAUUAUUCUUACUCUAACUUAUUUCUAUAAUAUUAUGGUUCUGAAUGUGAUAUUUUAGAUAGGCUUGGGUAUCCUUAAAAUGUAAACUGUUUUUUUUUUGUGUCAAUUUGUGUUACUGCAUUAUGGUGCCAAGUAUCCUACACCGAAAUGAAGUGUGUAAGAGUUAGAAAAUACUUAAGUCAGAUGGUAAUGAUAUUGAUUAUGAAAUGUAUAAAAAAAACAAAUAAUAGAGAGAAACUCUAAAUGCGGGAAAAGAGCAGGAAGACUUGUUUUUUAUUUUAGUAUGUAGCCUUCAGCAGCCUUCGUUGCAAGUAAUUUGAGCAUUAAAGGGGUGAUCGGAGACGCCAGCGUUUCCUUUUAUCGAUUUCAUUUACUACACUACAGAUUUCAGACCGAUUGAUCCUCCGUGAUUUUUUUUUUUUCCCCAUCUAAAUCACCGCAAGUGGAAAUGAUUUUGUGCCUGCCGCAGAAUUUAUGUUGUCUUGUGUGAUUUGGUUCGUAGGCAAAAAGUUUAACUUUUUUUUUAUUAUUAUUAUUAUUAUUUUUUUUUUAAGCCUGCUUGUUUUUGUUCCUGCUGGUCAUUGUGAUUAUACUGUAGGAGCAUAAGCCGCAGUUUUUCUUCACUCCAUCUUAUAAAAGCAGAUAGAGAUUUUCUUCUAGCCCCCUCCGGACGGCCUGGCCUCUACUGUAGGUGAUGCAGUUCUCAAGCAAUAAAAACCAUUAGAGCUCAA